CACCACUCAUGCCCAUGCCAUUCUUCUUCCACCAAGCAGCAACUUUGUCCAACUCUCCAUUGCCAAGUGCACCACGAUACCGAACACGCUUACUUUACAAGCUAUUCUCACGUCUGCUUUUCACACUUGUUAAUUGCAGCAGUUAAGCAUCUACACGCGUACAGCAACAUCCGCAACAACAAUAACACACCAAACAAGCCCAUCUUUUACGACAUUACACCCCAUCUCCAGCCCAACGCGUAUCUUUGAGCUUCGAAACCUCGCGUCUUGCACGUUGCAAAGCAAUGGAGACCGAGGCGGCCCAAAGAUACCGCUCUCGCAUCUUGCGAGAGUUCAAAGCGAACCACGACAACCCCUUCAACUCACCACCAUCUUCUACAGGCUCGCACGGCACCGUCUCCCCCACAAUGACAUCUGUUUUCUCUGACAUCGAAGGAGACUCCACGCGCAGAUUAAACGAUGAUAUUAUCCGUCGACUGGCGCCUAGUAAGCUCGCCGUCAACUGGGAAGCUGCCCAUCGCAAGUGGCCCCAGUACUAUUCUAUGCCAAAGUCUCGCAAAGAGACGGUCGAAUCCGACGACGACACAUAUGAGCGACCCGUGAGCGCACAAUCAAAGGAAAACAGACCACCCGUUCACAGCCUCUUGGUCGACGAGGACUCUACUCAAGAGCUUUGGACCGGUUCCAACCGCAGAAGAUCCGAAAUGCAACCUCGCGCUGACAACGAGUCCGAGUUGUCCAUCCUCCUCAAGUCUCCAGGCUGCAAGCACCAUUCCAAGCUGGACUCUCUGAAGCAAGCCCAUCGUCGCUCCACCCCUCCUCAGAAGCAGUACGGCAACAGGCACAGGGAAUUGUCACCCGAAAGUAAGAGACAAGCAUCCAUCUCGGAUGCUUUGGCUCAGCUUCGCAAAGCAGCCUCCAGCCCCAAAGCUGCCCAAAACUUUGGUAUGGGUAGAUUAGAGGCCUCCCCUGACAUGUCUUCCGCCAAAUCUAGCAUGACCGCCGUUCACCACUCGCCCAAUCCCAUGGCCAGCCCUGACCACAACGCCUCUCAUGUCCCAUCUUUCUUCAUGCCUGAUGUAUCCCACCUAGGUGAUUUCGUCACAGGCACUCUCCGCUUCAGCGGUUCCCUCAAAAAUGGUGUACCUAUUCUUGUCAAGCACGGCAAAGUUCACGACAAGCGUGAAAACCCAUCUGCCGUUCGACACGAGGCCGUUGAUGGCAUUGAAGUCCCUGAGAAUGAAGAGAAGAUUUUUGUUUCCAUGGAUAUGAUCCGGGAUGAGGUCGUCUCGUUGCAAGAACACCACGAUAAGGUUCAAGAAUACGCCAUGGAUCUACAAGAACGCGUCGAGUCCCUUGAGGCUCAGCUUGCCCAAGGAGGUAACGGCCACAACAAAUACAACUCUCCCAAGUCUCAACUCGAUAAUGACAUGAUGGAUCUGCAUGCGCGUCUGGAAAAGGCAGCUCAGAGGUUGAGUGCUACCGAAAUUCAAAAGGAUACCAUCACCACUGAACGUGACCGCAUCUUUGCCAGGCUUGAGGAGGCGUGUAGAGACAUCACCAAGCUCACAAAGAAGCUCAGCCACAAAGAUAAGGAGCUCGAAACAUCCGAGCAGAUCCGUCACGACAAUGAGGCCUUACGAGAAGAGCUCGCAGCCCUGAAGAGCGGCUUUACUGGGCUUGAAGGUACCAACGCGUCGCUUCGCUUUAAAAGAGACGAGGCUAGAACGGAGUUGAAGAAUGCCCGCGGAGAAUUUGAGAAUGAGCGUGAAGUAACUAACAGCAUUCGCGUUGCUAACAAGGCGUUGACAGAUGAAAACGCAGAGCUUCGCCAGACUGUUGAGAACUUGCAGCAAGAAGUAGACGCCGUACGAGAAGAACUGGACGCUCUCCAGCAGAAUGAGGAUGACAUCAACCAGGAGCUUACUAACCUCCGUGAGGACAACCACAGCCUUGUUGGACACAACGACAAAUACUUCGCAGAGAACAAGAAGCUCAAGCAAGAAAACUUGGUCUUUGAGCAAAGUAUUCGUGGACUACAAGACGAGAAUGCCAAGCUCAAGGAACAGGUUGAAUUUCUUACUGCUCAACUGGACCAGCACCGUACUGGCCCGAAGAGCGACUUGUCUGCUCGUAUUGACGAUCUGCGCGUCCAGUUUGAUGCCUUCCGUGCCAAUCAAUACAAGGACACUAACGAGGCUACCGAGGACAACAGAACGGAGGAGAAUAUGACUUCGGCAUUUAUUGUUCCGGACAUCACCAUCAAGACAAACGAGUCUGCGCCUAUGGAGUUGACUGAAGACUUCAUCCCUACCGAAGAGAUGACUGGUCAGACGUUUACCAAGACGGAGACUCAGAACUUGAGACGCGAGGGAGGAGCCCAUAAGGUGGCGUUUGCUCUGCCCGCCAAACCGACACGACCAAUGAGCAGACGCUCUAGCUUAAAGGCUCCUAAGCCGUCUAUGGAACAAUAUGUGGCUGCUGAAGACAGCACGGAUCAGCUCUCCGUGGAUAGGAUGACAGAGAACCAAGCUGUUCAGCUGAGCAUUCCCAUCGAUAACUUUGUGCAACCUGCGCCAAAGAUCUUGAAGAAGGCCCGUUCUCAAGAUCACGCUGGCCAGGUUUCCAGCAAGGUGCAAAGCCGUCAACGUCUCUACAAGGAAGCUACUACCACUGUGGCCUCAGAGCUUUCCCACGGCUUCCCAGCAUUGUCGACCGACGCACAGCGCGUGCUAAACGACCUUUGUGAGCAUAGUUGCACCAAUUGUACAGUCUGCGCUCGAAUCGCAUCACGAAACACGGAAAGCACUGGAAAGACUCGCGUAGUGGUGAGCCGACCUGUGCCAGUGACUGACAGGCAGGUCGAAGGAGCCGAUGUCACGAUGCGACCGGUUCAAUCGCCAGGUCACGCUCUUGCUAUGGUGAUCAAGAGUCUGGAAGAUGAGUCCCGUCACUUGCAGCUCGAAAUCACACGCUUGCAGGCCCGCUACAAUGAUAGUGACAAGUCUCGCGGCCGCCGUGAGCGCUCUGCAUUGGCCAGCCGCAUUGGCAAGCUCUUGAAGCAAGUUGAGGCGAAGAACGACCAGAUCUACAGCCUGUUUGAUGUUUUGGAGGGUCAAAAGGCUGCUGAUCAGGCCAUGACGGAAGAGGAGUUGGAAAUGACAGUUAUGAACAUUACUGGUAUGAAUGUGCGCGAAGUAACCAACCACAGCGACCAGUACACAUGGGAAGGGUUUCAAGACAUCUAAGACGAUUUGCGGUAUCUUGACACAUGGAUUUGAAGCAUACAACGGAACGAGUUGAAAAGGCAUGUUUGCAUAAACACUAGCAUGAGGAACAAGUUUGAAGAACGUUGAACUUGGAGGGCGUUUGUUUGGCCAGUUGCCUUUUUGGCCUUUUGUAUUUUCUGACAGUACGCUGUCACGGGAGUUUGAUUUUGCCUUUGCGUUACGAACGAUGGACUAUAGUCCCGGCAUGGCAAGGAGUUUUUGGAAACAUGGUAUUGUUAUCGGAUUUGAUUGGCCUGGCACUUUAGCCCGCCUUUGUUUUUCAAUUGUACAUUUUAGGAGUAUUCUUAGUUGUUUUAUUAUGCUUGACGGACACACGCCACUCCCUUCUACCGAAGAAGUCGGAGCAUUGGGGCAAGUUCCUUUUUGAAUUGAAAUGGUGUAUUUGCUUAUU